ACCACCUUACACUUUUCUCACAUCCAACAGCAAAAAACAACCUUAGAAAACAAAAGUCAACUAAAUCUCCCUAUUUUCUUAUCACAAAAAAGGUAAAGCAAAACACAAUGGCUUUGGCUCUGAGGUUCUUCACAUGCCUUGUUUUGACGGUGUGCAUAGUUGCAUCAGUAGAUGCAGCAAUCUCAUGUGGCACAGUGGCAAGCAGCUUGGCUCCAUGUGCAGGCUACCUAACAAAAGGAGGCGCGGUGCCCGCUCCGUGCUGUGCUGGAGUGUCAAAGUUGAACGGCAUGGCUAAAACCACACCAGACCGCCAACAAGCUUGCAAAUGCCUAAAGGCCGCAGCACAGAGCAUCAACCCAAGUCUAGCCUCUGGCCUUCCUGGAAAGUGCGGUGUUAGCAUUCCCUAUCCCAUCUCCAUGAGCACCAACUGCGACAACGUCAAGUGAAUUGAGCACUCACAUCGUGUGGAUGAAGAUGCAUGGUUUAGCAUAAGUAAAAUAAAAACGUCUGUGUACGCUGAUCUCAGCUUGCCCUAGUUUAUCUUGUUUUAUUUUGGUUGUUGAAAGUUUGUCAUCUUACUUUGUAAUCUUUUGCUUUUAUUAUAUUGUAUUAUGGUUAAAGUAUGAUAGUAGUACCUUCUUAAUCAUCUUCUCUUUAUAUA